AUGUCUUCGUUUGAUAAAAUUGAUGAAAAGGCGAAGCUUAUUGUUCCGAAAUCGACCAACGAAGGAAAAGUGGUGAAAGUCUCGCAAAAGACCUUGGCUAGCAAGAAACAUGAGCGACAAGUGGUUCCCGAGGAGAAGUACAUCGCUGGACUCGAUAAAAUAAUAGAAAAAGACUAUUUUCCACAAUUGAAAAAAAUGCAGGCUCAGAAAGAGUAUCUCGAAGCUGUUGCCAAAAAAGAUAUUACUAAAAUCAAGGAGCUCCAAAUGAAAUACUGCAGUACGGGAAGCAUUCGUACGGACAGAACCUCAAUCAACCCUCCUACCACACGCUCAACAACUUCUGAAGCUCCCUACGACGAGCAGUUCGAUUCUGAAACUCCUGGCCCAUCUUCUAAUUCUGGAAAACAUGAUUGGAUGCAAAGUCCCAUGCCAUUUGCAAACGAAGAGGGAGAUAAUGAGGCAAUAAACAAAAAACGACGGAAAAAGAAUCAGGAGACAUUGACAUCUUAUUUGAAUAAAUAUACUUCUGAAGAUAAUGCCUCAUUUGAAGAAUUGGCAAAAGUCAUGAGAGAACGAGAAGAUGCUAGAAGACCGUGGGUUUAUAAAGCAGAAGAGGAGCACAACAAGAAUUUGGUGGUUCGACAAGCUAUUGCUGCUGAAGCAGAUGUACAACUCGCUUUGAAACAUGCCGUCGACUCCGAUGACAACCGACCAUUGCACCUUGAUAACUGGAAGUACAAGGCUUGGAAUACCGUUCUAUUUAAUCCAGAAGGAGCAGCAUUGACACCCGCCGAGCAAGCGGAAGCUGCAAAAAGACAAAAGACUGAAAUAAAUAGAAAAGGAACACGGUUUCCAGAUAGUGGAAGAUUGAAACCGAGUGAUGAGGCGAUGACCAGAGCGGCUGUCAGUCAUGCUCUUGCAAAUGCUGGAAAAGUUGACUUUUUGGGAAACGAAGUGACACCUGCAAAUUCAUUCAAGCUUCUGGAAACACCGAAUCCAAAUCCGGAUGACAUGGACUCCCCGCUUAUGACAUGGGGAGAAAUCGAUGGAACUCCAUUCCGUCUUGAUGCGCCUGAUGUAACAGAACACACUUUACCUGACGCUGCACCAAUUUUCAAAAUACCGGAAAUGCCUUACCGCGAGAAAAUUGCUCAAUCAAUGAAUGAUUCAAUUGCUGCCAAAUAUCGAGACAAACGGAAAGUUGCAAUUAAAGCAGCCGAAGGAGCACAUCGAACACCAGGAUUUGGAUCGAAGCGUGUCUCCGAUAAACUUGCUCAACUUUCUCCGGCAGCUCAGAAACUUGCCACGAAGAAGCUUGGUCUCAAAAUGAUACCCGUCCAUAGAUCUCCAUUUGCUUCACCAAAAAUAGGAUCCGCCUGGUCUAGGUCUUCCGAUUCUAAACGUUCUGAAACACCUGGUUCUGCCUGGAGUCGUGGAUCGGGCACUCCAGGGUCUUCGUGGAGUCAAGGAGCAAGAACUCCCGGGACGCCUGGAAUCGAGUCGAUGAUUCGGAAACCUCGAAGAGAAGACGACGACGGUGCUGGCCCAUCUAGACCCUCCGUUGCUGGCCGUGCACAAGCAGGAGAUUUCUUUUAA